GAGGCUUUCUUCCUGCGUCCAGGGCUUUCGCGAACCUUCGGGACCGUAGGCGCCGCUGCGACUGGAGCCUCCGGGUCUCACGUUUUCCAAACCUGAAGUGUUUUCCAAUCAAAGCAGAGAGACGAUUUGUGGAUGUUGAAUAUGCAAGGAACUGAAGAGAAAGAGAUUACAGGAGAGACUUGUCCAGGUUGGGCAAAUGAGCCUACUCCAGAGCAGGAUGUCUAUGAAACUGAAUCAACAGGAAUAGUAGCAAAGCGAUUCCAAGAGGAUGAAUACCAGGAUUCUACAUUUGAAGAAAAAUAUGCAUGUGAGGGCAUGAAGGGAAAUUCUCCCAGAGAGGUUCCUGAGCCAUGCCUUUUCCAGGAAGGAGGUUUUGGGGGAAUGACUUUGAUCCACAAGGAAGCACCUGCUGAAAUGAUUAGUCAGCAAUAUAAUUGUAAGAAAAGCUUGAUUUUGACCUCAAGCCUUGUUACACAUCUCAGGGUUUCUGCAGAAGACAGUCUGCAUCAGUGGGAAACAGGUAAUAUACAUACCAAUGAGAUUUCGAACCAAACUAAUUGUCCGACUCUGCCCACACAGAAAAAAUCUUGGAAAUGUAAUGAAUGUGGAAAAGCCUUUACUCAGAGCUCAUCCCUUACCCAACAUCAGAGAACUCAUACUGGAGAGAGACCCUAUGCAUGUGAGGAAUGUGGGAAAGCUUUUAGUCGUAGCUCAUUUCUUGUUCAACAUCAAAGAAUUCACACUGGGGUGAAACCAUAUGAAUGCGAGCAGUGUGGAAAAACAUUUCGAUGUCGAUCAUUUCUUACUCAGCAUCAGCGAAUCCACACUGGAGAGAAACCUUAUAAAUGUAAUGAAUGUGGGAAUUCCUUCCGCAAUCACUCACAUCUCACUGAACAUCAGAGAAUUCACACUGGAGAGAAACCUUAUAAAUGUAAUAGAUGUGGAAAGGCAUUCAAUCAGAAUACACACCUUAUUCAUCAUCAGAGAAUUCACACUGGUGAGAAGCCUUAUUUAUGCACUGAAUGUGGCUCUUCGUUUCGCAAACACUCAAAUCUUACACAACAUCAGAGAAUUCACACUGGAGAAAAACCCCAUAAGUGUGAUGAAUGUGGGAAAACCUUUCAAACAAAGGCAAACCUCUCUCAGCACCAGAGAAUUCAUACUGGAGAGAAACCCUAUAAAUGUAAGGACUGCGGCAAAGCCUUUUGUCAGAGCCCAUCUCUUAUUAAACACCAGCGAAUCCAUACUGGAGAAAAACCCUAUAAGUGUAAGGAAUGUGGCAAAGCUUUUACUCAGAGCACACCUCUCACUAAACAUCAGAGAAUCCAUACAGGGGAGAGACCCUACAAAUGCAGUGAAUGUGGUAAAGCCUUCAUUCAGAGCAUUUGCCUUAUUCGGCAUCAGAGAAGUCACACUGGGGAAAAACCCUAUAAAUGCAGUGAAUGUGGAAAGGGCUUUAAUCAGAACACCUGCCUCACUCAGCAUAUGAGAAUUCAUACUGGAGAAAAACCCUAUAAAUGUAAAGAAUGUGGGAAAGCCUUUGCUCACAGCUCAUCUCUUACCGAACAUCAUAGAACUCACACUGGUGAGAAGCUCUAUAAGUGUAGUGAGUGUGAGAAAACCUUCCGCAAGUAUGCACACCUUAGUGAACAUUAUAGAAUUCACACUGGUGAGAAGCCUUAUGAAUGCAUUGAAUGUGGAAAGUUCUUCAGACAUAGUUCAGUUCUUUUCAGACAUCAGAAACUUCACAGUGGUGAAUAAUACUCAUGUUUAGGUUAUGACAGUUUCUCUAGAUACAGUGACUAGGAAUCUGGCUGGGAGGGUGGGGCAGGUAAAAUUUCUAGAGGGUAGGCUGAAGGAACAUUGGCUGUUGCAUUCUGAGAAGAUGUUACCACAAAUGGAGGUGGGAGCCUGGAGAAUGCAGCGCAUACUCCAGGAGGGCGUAUGGGAAUACAGGGUAGAAAGAAAAUCCUGCUUUUCAGAUAAAGCCUGUAGGUUGCCACUCUUCUUGCCCCAUGUGAAUGUUACAUCUUGAGAAGACAUUUGUUAAGUUAGCAUUUGUGCUUCCUUUACUAUAACUCUGUCUUACCUUCUGACCUUGUUACCCAUGUUUACUGCCCAGUGUUUGAAGCGUUUUUCCAAACACUUCCUGUAACAGUUCUGAUGUAGUGCUAAGUUUAAGAAGCCUCCAGAUAUUUGUGGCAGCUUUGACCAUGCUACCAUAGGGGAGGCUCUCUGACCUUUGGGAGUGAGCCUGUGGAGGGAGGACAGAAACAAGUAAAAAGGAAACCAUAGUCAUUCAUUCACAAAGGAUAUGUGGCAAGAACUGAGCUUACCUCUACGGAUGUGUUGGUGAAAAACACUUUUAUCAGAAUAAAAAUCUUUCCUGAUCUUUCAAGAUUUGGGGUGACUUGGAGCUAAGUAGGAAAUAGUUGGUCGAGGGAGAUUUCAUGAUGCCAGUCUGUGGGAAGACAGUCAUAUUUACUCAGAGCCAGAGACAGGAAGACCCCAUCU